UGAAAUGGGGCGUCCUCCUUGUUGUGACAAAGCAAAUGUGAAAAGAGGGCCUUGGACUGCUGAGGAAGAUGCAAAAAUCCUUGCUUAUGUAGCCACUCAUGGAAUUGGCAACUGGACCUUGGUCCCUCAAAAAGCAGGUCUGAAUAGGUGUGGAAAAAGCUGUAGGCUGAGAUGGACCAAUUAUCUGCGUCCUGAUCUUAAGCAUGACAACUUCACACCUCAAGAAGAAGACUGCAUCCUUGAGCUUCACAAAAUCAUAGGUAGCAGGUGGUCUUUAAUAGCAAAGCAAUUACCUGGAAGAACAGACAAUGAUGUCAAAAAUUACUGGAAUACAAAGCUCAAGAAAAAGCUAGUCAACAUGGGAAUUGAUCCUGUAACACAUAAACCAUUUGCUCAGGUCUUUGCUGAGUAUGGAAAAAUUAGUGGUCUUCCAAUUCAAAAUGCAACUAAUCAUAUCCAAUUCUACAACAAUACUAAUCAAAAUAACCAACUCUUUAUCUUCUCAAAUGAAACUAGUACUCCACAUCACCACUUGCAACAAAACUACUCCACUCAAAUCUACACAAGGGAGACUCUUCAAGCGCUUAGUUUUAGUGAAGUCUCAUCAACAAAUUCUUCUUUCUCUUCUCUGGAAUCUCAGCUUCCAUCUUCUUCGUCAACAUCUACGUCUACUUGGAAUGACUUUAUACUGGAAGACCCUUUAACAUCCUCAGGUACACACCAAACACAGGGGACAUUUUUGUCAAACCAAGUUGAGGAAAUGCAACCUGUUGAACAACCCACUUGUUGCCCUGCAAUGGAUUCAUUUGUGGACACUAUCUUGGCUCGCGACAAGCAAAUGCUAAUGGAUUUUCCACCAUUUCUAGAUGUCUACCCCCAUUAUUGA